AUGUCCGACCGAAACCCCAAGUACCGUCAGGAGAUUCAGCAGAUGAUGUUUGUCUCUGGAGAGACUGCUGAACCAUCCAGUGAGACCACAACUUUGAUUGAAGAAAUCACUCGCCAGCAAGUCCUUGAAAUUCUCUCUCGCAGCACCGCUGCUGCAACUCGCCGCGGAGUGCGCUCCAUUUCAACUGAUGACUUGAUCUUCUUGAUCCGCCAUGACAAGGCCAAGGUCUCUCGCCUCCGAACUUUUCUUUCGUGGAAGGACGUCCGCAAGAACGUCAAGGACUCCGACGACAAAGGUGGCGGUGACGCCGCCGAUUUUGCCGCCGCCGACGAUGCAGCUGGUGUUGUUGCAGGCCCCCAAGAUGUAGCCUCAAAACCCAAGAACAAAAAGGCCAAGGUCGGACUCGCCUGGGACGUCAACAGCUUCUACUCGAUCCAGAUUCCAGAGCGCGAGGACGAAGAGGACGAAGAAGAGGAGGAGCAAAACUACGCUACCCUCCAGCGCCUGGCCGCCGCCGACGAGCGCACCCGCCACAUGACCAAGGAAGAGUACGUGUUCUGGUCCGAGUGCCGCCAGGCAUCCUUCACCUACCGCAAGAGCAAGCGGUUCCGCGAGUGGGCCGGAUUCGGAGUCGUGACAGAGUCCAAGCCCAACGACGAUAUUGUUGACAUCCUCGGCUUCCUCACUUUCGAGAUCGUCCAAACCUUGACUGAGCAGGCUCUGCGCGUGAAGGAGCGCGAGGACAACGAGAAAAACCGCCGCGGCGGCGCUGAUGCGGGCGAAGACGUCAAGAAGCGCAAGCGCGAGACCGGCCUAUUCGACCCCCCCGAGGAGGGCCGCACCCCCAUUGAACCCCGCCAUGUGCGCGAGGCCUACCGCAAACUGCAGGCUACUCCUCGGGCCCGUACUGCUAUGCUCAUGCACAAUGGCAGACUGCCUGUCAGCUUCCCUUUGGUCCUUAUCUGA